AUGAAUAAAAUUAUACUUAAAAUACCAAGAUAAGAAUUAAAAUAAGCAAUUGAUAGCGAGGUUAAUCAAUAAUUACUUAAUCAACAACAACAAUAGUAAGUAACAAAAUUCAACAUAUACCUUAAUUAAAAAGAUUCUACAUCUAAAAAAUCUGAUAACUCGUCAGCUAGAUAAAAAGAAGGAGAAGUAGAACUAGAUGGUAAUAUCCUUGAAAGCUCUAAUUCAGAUAGUAAAUGUAAUUAUACUAAUUUAAAAAAUGAAGAAGAAUAAUAAUAAGAAGUAGAUGAAGAAUAAGAAUAAGAAUUAGAAGAGGAAGAAUGGGAGGAAUAAGUAAAAUAAGAAAAAAAUAACCAGUAUAAUUAGUUAUUAGUAAAUCAAUAACAGCAGUAUGUAAGAAAAUGCAGGGUAAACGUUUUUAAAUCUGCAACAUCUGAAAAAUCUUAUGAAGAGUCAGAUGAGUAAGAAGAAGAACAAGAAGAAGAAGUAAUAGAUAUUACCCUUGAAAGCUAUGAAUCAGAUAAAGAAGAAUCAUAAUAUCUAUAAUUUGAGGAGGAAAUAAGAUUAUCAGAAAUUGAAAAUCCUAAAAGUGAAGAAAAGUGUGAUGAAAUAAAAAGCUAAAAUAGUGAUUUAGGUAUUAACAAAGGGUGUAAAAGUUAAAAAAUAACAAUCACACAAAGAGUAAAUAAUCGGUAUAAACUAAUUUAAUUUUUAUUUUUGAAAUAUUAAUGGUAAUCAAUAAAAUUCAAUCUACCAGUAUUAUUUAUUUCUGAACUCAUAUUUCAAAAAAAUUAAUAAAACAAUAACUAAAAUUGUUUUAACUAAGGUCCUUAUUUUAGGUAAAUUUUCUUUUUAAUUGGCUACUUAAAAAGAGGAGAUCAUUUCUAUCUAAUUUGCUAAAAGAUAUCUUAAUACUCAAAUUUGGAAGAACUAUCACUUCCGUUUAAUAUCUUGGAUCAUAAAGAAUUCCAUAAAAUAGCAAAGGUGCUUAUAAAAUUAAAUUAACUAUCUCUUCUUAAUUUUAGUUAUUAAGAAGAUACUGUUUAUAUUUUAGAUAAAGUAUGCUAAUAACUGUUAGGACUCUUAAAUUAUUGCUAAAAACAUAUUAAAUUUAGAUUAGGUUUAAGCUUUUGGUGUUUUCCAAAUUUUAAUAUGAAAUCGUGUUCUCAAUUAAGAGUCUUGCAAAAUUUAAAUUUACUAAAUAUAGAUGUGAUGGAUAAAAUAUUUAAUAAAAAGGAUUCUUUUGAUUUUGAUUUAAAAGAAUUGCUAUCUAAAUGUGUCAAUCUAUAGAAAUUACAUCUUAAUUUGAUAGAUCAUUAAGCAAGCCCAUCAAUAUUAGGUUAAGGUUUAGAAAAAUGCGAGUAACUGAUAUCUUUGAGAGUUUAAUUCGCAAGCUUAGAGUAUUGGCCAAGACCGAUAAGUGGGGUAGAUUAAUUCUUUAAUAGUUUAACUAAUUGUAGAAAUCUUAAAAAUUUGCAUUUGGAAUUUUCGAUAAGCUAAAUUGAUUUAUAGGAUUUGAUAAAAGGAUUAUAAAAAUAACAGUAGUUAGUCACUUUUAGGUUAUUUAUUUGUUAGGAAAUAUGUACAGACUUGGUCUAAUCGCUUGCAAAAUUAAAAAGAUUAGUUUGUUUUAAUUAUGAUAAUGAAUAGGAACCAAUAAAAGAAACUUACAAUGACACUUAGGUUUUUGGUUAUUAUUUAAAAUAAAAAAUUUGA